AUGCGGGCAUACAGAAGAAUGCUCGGUUACUCCCCUAUCCCAAGCGACACGGGCGACAUAGGCCCAAGCCCCCAGAGGAGCAUGAUGACUCGAAUCAGUGGCAUGCUUGUACCAGUGGCUGUUAUAACGCUUUCGUUCAUCCUAGGGAUCGCGAUAGGUGCCAACUCCGUCAAGGAUGCCUCGGUACCCGGAGUCUAUCCGCAUGUGAUGCCUGGAUCGGAGUCAGGCCCUUCGCCCGAUAUCAGCAUCCAGACGAUCAACUUGACCUUCACGUACAAUCGUACGUUUGGCGCGGAUCCACACGAUAACGUUGCCACCGAGGAGGCAUGGCAAUCUAUCGUACCUCUCGGCCAAGGAUCAGUACGAUUUCCUCCGAAUAGCCAACAAGUCUACACAUUGUCCGUGGUUCACCAACUGCACUGUUUGUGGUCAAUCCACCGCAACUACUACGCUGCACUGCGCUUUGAUUCCGCCCAUAGGGACAACAUGACCUCUCCUCACAUGCGCCACUGUUUCGACUACCUACGGCAGAGCCUCACUUGCGCAGCUGAUGCGACGAUGGAGCCCGUCGAUCCAACGCUGGGUGGCGUGACUGGGUGGGGGAACGGCCGCGUCUGCCGGAAUUACAGCCAAUUGGCUGGUUGGGCAGAGGAGCAUCGAGUCAACAACCUACGAGGCUUCCUUGGGUCACAUUGA